UCCAUAGAGAGAGAGACCCUCUCGUCGGACAGAGACAGCCGAACACCACAUCCGUCGACGAUCAGUAGCGACGUCGAGGGUGGCCUCGUCGACAGUGGCGCACGUUUUUUUCCCACCGUCGCCCUUUUGCCCGUUACCGCGACGAUGGUGCCCGUCGUCGACGUCGACGUAGCUCGCGAGCCGGCGAUUUAACUCGCGCCCAGUGCUGCCGUGACGGUCGAUCGAACAGCAACGCCUGAAACCUCGGAACGCCGACGAUGCCUCGACCUCGUCGCCAACUUGUCUGGAAACUCCCGGUAUUCCCGAACUGCCAUGGCGUCAGGAGACCCCUGGAUCCAGCGUAAACCCGUCUCGCAACCCUUACGCGUCGUCCGCUCUCCAACGAAGUAUCUCUGUAAAUUUCCAUCGCUUCGAUCCUCGGUGAAUUCUACCCUAAGUGCGUGUUUCUUCCCGAUGAAUACCUUGGAUAAAGUGAUCGCGAUGUAAGCAGAGCGACGCGUAAACACGAUCGUUAGCGGAGUGCUUCGGUCUGCUGCAGCUGCGUACGAGGAGGACCCUCUUCGUCGAUAGCCCACGGAGAGCGACGCCGUGGUAAGUAGCAAAACAAAUGUGCAAUCCGAAGAAGUGGUUGCUUUAAGAAUUUUACUCACGGCGAAGGAUGGGAAGGGUUCGUUGACACCGGACAAAAAUCGCCGCGAGGAAUUGCGACCAGAGAGGACCCGGGUAAAACGUGGUGCCGUGAACGUUUGGAUCUGUGACGUGUCCGGGAAUCGAUACGCUAAUUCGAGGUGUUCGGAAGUGUCUUUAGUUCCUACCGCGAGAACAAUCGAGAGCAAUAACGGGGUCCGUGUCGUGGACCGAAGAGUUGUCUUCCACGUGCAGAACGUAGCUUGAUCGAUCGGUCCGAAAGAAGUCGCGACGGGAAACAGGAAGCGAGGGUGUGGUGAAGCAACUUUGGGAACAGCGGGAACCACUUAGCUAGAGUUGUUUUUGAAAGCCCCGCCAUCGUCACCAUGGAUACACGUGUCGUUUGUGCGAUCCUCUUCAUCGUCGCCCGAUGGCCAUGUGGUCAGGGUGGCCCGGUAAACACUUACGAGUCCGAUGCAGACCUGCAGCCGGAUCGCAGGGUACCCAUGGACGAUUACGCGAUGAACGGACCAAUCGCGGACGACUUCCCUCGAGACCUCCGAGAACCUUAUCCGGGCAAAAGCUUCGGACCCAUGGGUCCCAUAGACGGCUCCUUACCCGACGAUAUGUCGUCACCGAGUCUCGUCAAAGGGGACAACGUAGAGCAUUUAGCGUCGCACGCGGUCCAGGAGAACAACGACUCCUCCGUGCCUCAGAAACGGACUUACAACAUCAUCUCCGUGGAGUUCCACAGGAUCGAAACACCAUUCGUCAUCGGGAUAUGGAUCUUCUUCGCCAGCAUCGCGAAAAUAGGCUUUCACAUGACGCCGAGUCUCAGCAAAGUCUUUCCGGAAUCCUGUCUGCUGAUCGUGGUCGGCGUUGUGAUCGGCGCCCUACUCUCGAAGAUGAGCAGCGUCCACGUGUCACCUCUUACGCCGGACACGUUUUUCCUCUACAUGUUGCCGCCCAUUAUACUGGACGCUGGUUAUUUCAUGCCGAACCGACUGUUCUUCGACCACCUGGGAACGAUACUUCUGUUCGCCGUCGUCGGGACUAUAUUUAACACCUUAUCGAUAGGCGCCUCGUUAUGGGUGUUAGGUAAGAUCGGCCUGUUCGGCUUCGAAACGCCGCUCCUGCAAAUGUUCCUUUUCUCAGCGUUGAUCAGCGCCGUCGAUCCCGUCGCUGUGUUAGCCGUUUUCGAAGAGAUUCAUGUAAACGAGAUCCUAUAUAUCGUCGUAUUCGGAGAGAGCUUGUUGAACGACGCUGUCACCGUCGUGCUGUACCAUAUGUUCGAGGCGUACAACGAGAUAGGCCCGACGGAAAUACUUUACACGGACCUGUUGACCGGUCUGGCUUCGUUCUUCGUGGUGGCGAUCGGGGGCACGAUAAUCGGAGUGAUAUGGGGUUUCGCCACCGGUUUCGUCACGAGGUUCACCCAUCAGGUUCGCGUGAUCGAACCCAUCUUCAUAUUCGUCAUGGCGUACCUGGCCUACCUGAACGCUGAAAUUUUUCACAUGUCGAGCAUACUGGCCAUCACGUUCUGCGGGAUCACCAUGAAGAACUACGUCGAAGCGAACAUAUCGCACAAGUCCCACACGACCGUGAAGUACACCAUGAAGAUGUUGUCAAGCAGCUCUGAAACCAUCAUCUUCAUGUUCCUCGGUGUGGCCACCGUAAACAACGACCAUUACUGGGACACGUGGUUCGUCGCGAUGACCAUCGUUUUCUGCUCGAUCUAUCGAAUCGUCGGAGUGAUCGUGCUGACAGCUGUGGCGAAUCAGUUCCGGUUGCACAAACUCGACAAAGUGGAGAAGUUCGUGAUGUCUUAUGGAGGUUUGAGAGGAGCUGUCGCGUUCGCGUUGGUCCUGUUGAUCGACCCCAAGCACGUGUCACUGCAGCCCAUGUUUGUCACCACCACCAUUGCGGUUAUAUACUUCACCGUCUUCAUGCAGGGUAUCUCGAUCAAACCUCUGGUGGAGAUCCUGAACGUGAAGAGGGCUGAAAGGAAGAAACCGACCAUGAACGAAAGGAUUCACGAACGGAUAAUGGACCACGUGAUGGCCGGCAUCGAAGACAUUCUAGGCAAACACGGAAAUUACCACGUACGAGACAAAUUCAAGCGGUUCGAUAACAAAUUUAUUCGACCGUAUUUGGUGAGAAACCACUACGGCGCCGAACCGAAGAUAUUGGAAACGUACUCGAAACUCGCUAUGAAAGACGCCAUGGAUUACAUCAGGAGGAACGCGUCCACCAUCGGCAAUAUCAGCGGCACUGAAAGCAUGUCCGCGAUAUUCCGCAACUACAGCAACACGGGACAAUUCAAUGGAAGUCCAAGUUGCAGCCAGCUCGAAACGGGCUGGAAUAUUGAUCUCCAAGAGCUGGAGUACAACCCUUCCAAGAAGGACUUGACGGACGCCAGGAUCCACCACUUAUUGGCCGAGGAACUUUGCAAACCUUACAAGAGGCACCGUCGUUUAAGCUACAGUCGACACGCCGUGAACGAUCGCGACCUGUCAACCCAAGUCAAUUACAAGAUGCACAUGAACAUCCGUCGAAUGAUGGGGGAGCACAAGCAUCGUCACAAGCGCAGCAAAAAAUUGCUCAAAGACGGCAAACAGAAUCACGUGAGUUUCCCGGAGUUCCAGCAGAACGGCUCGACGAAGUUGUUCACCCAAGAUUACAUCAACGGGGUUCUGUACGAGCUGGAGAACGGGGACACCUCAAAGCCUUCCAGCAAAGAGGACUGGGACUCUGCGAUAACUUUCACGGCUCGUACUUCCGACUCGUCGAACGUGAACGCGGAGAACCAUCAUGGCGCGACCACCACCACGUCAAUGGACACCAUCAAUACCGACGAUCCUGACAUGAAACUCGGUAGGGACGAGUGCUACAGGGUGACAACCCCCACAGCCACAGAGACCAUGCUACCCUGGAAAAGGGAGGACGACUACGAAUCCGGACACCCCGUCAAACAAAACGAGUUUCCUGCUUGGUGCUCCAACAAGGAAUAUCUGGCGUACAGUUCUCCAUCUGCAACAUUUUUAGGUGGAAUCGAGCAGCCAAAGAUCCAGUCCGUGAUUGGUCUAUUCCGACGCGACAGUGUUUGCACUGCAGACAGUAUGGAUUGCCAGGAAACCGUAGACGAGCAUGACGAGUACACGUUGACGGAAACAGAGCAGACAGACUCACCCACGAAUACCUCAAUUUACCUUGCAGACGGAAGGAAAGCCCCAACCAGAAGGGUAUCCAUGAUGGAGCUGGGUUCAAUGGAACAAUUCCAAUCAGACAAAGCAACAGAAGACGGCUCGCACUCGUUGCCAGAGUGUUGGAAUCAUCCCCAAAGGCUCCGAAACAGCUCGUUCCCGUACUCGGCCCAGGUUCCGAGUCUCUCGACCGCGCUCAUCACAUCGUCUUCGGAAUCUUCCGAGGAAAUCGACGAGGAGGAAGAGAAAGCUUGACCCCUGGAGGUCGCCAAGGGGCAGACAUCCUACGCGGACGUCGAACGGCGUCUUCGACGACCUUGGAAACGACCUCCGCGACGCUCCUUGCUCUCGACGCUCCUUCGACGACCCAGUGCCCCUGUCUGAUCAAAUGUUACUCGUUUUCAGUGGCGAUCGAGCGAUCUUUAGACCGGAAACCUUUCAACAAAGAAAAUUUCGACUCCGAGAAAGAUUUGAAUUCGUUUCGAAUGUGUGAAAUAUUUCAUAAAUGUAAAAUAUUUCAUGAAUGUGAAAUAUUUCAU